GCCCGGUAGUAUCUCUAACCAGGGGAUCUGAUAAGGUAGUUGAAGGGUGAUACUACCUUUGAUCCCUCACUGCAAUCAGAAGCAUUCUUAGCUUUUAGCUGCGGCCUCCACUGGCUAACUUGCUGUGGAGUCUUCAAGACAUAGAAUCUUCCUUUUCACAAUCCAAAGAAGAUGCUGUUUAAUUUGAGGAUCCUGUUGAACAACACAGCUCUUAGAAAUGCUCACAAUUUCAUGGUGCGAAAUUUUGGGUGUGGGCAACCAGUACAAAAUAAAGUACAGUUGAAAGGGCGUGACCUCCUUACUCUAAAGGACUUCACAGGAGAAGAAAUUAAAUAUAUGCUGUGGCUAUCAGCAGAUCUGAAAUUUAGGAUAAAACAGAAAGGCGAGUAUUUACCUUUAUUGCAAGGGAAGUCGUUAAGCAUGAUUUUUGAGAAACGAAGUACUCGAACAAGAUUAUCCACAGAAACAGGCUUUGCACUUCUGGGAGGACAUCCUUGUUUUCUUACUACACAAGAUAUUCAUUUGGGUGUGAAUGAAAGUCUCACAGACACCGCCCGAGUGUUGUCUAGCAUGACAGAUGCAGUGUUGGCUCGAGUGUAUAAACAAUCAGAUCUGGACAUCUUGGCUAAAGAAGCAUCCAUUCCUAUCAUCAAUGGGCUAUCAGAUUUGUACCAUCCUAUCCAGAUCCUGGCUGAUUACCUUACACUCCAGGAACACUAUGGCUCUCUGAAAGGUCUUACCCUCAGCUGGAUCGGGGAUGGGAACAACAUCCUGCACUCCAUCAUGAUGAGUGCAGCGAAAUUCGGAAUGCACCUUCAGGCAGCUACUCCAAAGGGUUAUGAGCCGGAUCCUAGUGUAACCAAAUUGGCAGAGCAGUAUGCCAAGGAGAAUGGUACCAAGCUGUCGCUGACGAAUGAACCAUUGGAAGCAGCGCGUGGAGGCAAUGUAUUAAUUACAGACACUUGGAUAAGCAUGGGACAAGAAGAAGAGAAAAAAAAGCGACUCCAGGCUUUCCAAGGUUACCAGGUUACAAUGAAGACUGCUGAAGUUGCUGCCUCUGACUGGACGUUUCUACACUGCUUGCCCAGAAAGCCAGAAGAAGUGGACGAUGAAGUGUUCUAUUCUCCACGAUCACUAGUAUUCCCAGAGGCAGAAAACAGAAAGUGGACAAUCAUGGCUGUCAUGGUGUCGCUGCUAACAAAUUACUCACCUAAGCUCCAGAAGCCAAAGUUUUGAUGCUGUGAUGCUUAUCAAGAGAAAGACAAUGCUCUUCAGUUAUGGAAUGGACCAGUUUAUGGGGAAAGGAGACAAAAAUCUAAGAUGUAAACAAAUCCCUGACACAUGGCGUGGAUGAACUGGAGGAUAGUGCUUUGCCAUUGUGAAACAUUCCUGGAAUUUAAGUGCUGAGGUGCUGUUAUACAUGACUUGAUUUAAGCUCUCUAAUUUAUAAUUUCUGAGUUACAUUUGGGUAUCAUAUUAAUUACCAUAUACAUUUGCCUCAAUUAAACAUAAAAUACUAUGUUCAUAAUGCAUAACAUCUAAGCUAUUAAAUGUAAUCUUUGCUUAUUACCUUAAUAAAUGAUCACCCAUACUAAUUUAUAAGUAAACACUUAGCAGGAAGUCAGCUGCUGGUAGAUAUGUGGGCUGUGUUAAAGUCCCCCAGGACCAAGAAGGAAGCCAAACGAUACAUCCUGCAGAUGUGAUACAAUUUUCAGACCAAUGAAUUAGACAGAUACUCGCUUAUGAAUGCAAAUCAUGAAAUUCUUAGAAAAUAGCUAUUAGUGUGCCCAAACUCUGGAUUCUUUUCCAAUCAUGUGUGGGAAGGCGGGGCGGGCAGGGGAGUCCUUCAAGAUCACGGACCUCUUCUCUAUAAUGAAUACUUAAUGUUGCAAGUCCAAAAGAAGCCUUCGUUACCAAGCAGUGAAACCAUGGAGACUCAGCCAGGUAUGUAAAGCCAUGACAGAGCAACAUCUUUGUAAGUUCCAAUUCUCCAGAAGGAACCAUUUAUUUUUCUCAUAUCUGUACUUACUAUGCAUCUACUUACACCCCACACUGAACAUUUCCAUAAAUCUACUUCUUGCCACAUUUUAGCCAGUCUUUCCCUCCAAUUGUUCUUUGAGAUAAUCAGAAUUUGCAUUAUGGAAUUAUCAUAAUGCAUUUAAAAUUACAUUUCUCUUGUGAGAGAACAAAGCUUGCAUUGUUGAAUUAUUAUGAUAUAGUAUGAAAAAUUCACUUAAAAUUUUAGAUCACCUAACUGAAACUUUUAAAAGUUAGCACAAUUUAUCAAUUUUUAAAAAUAUAGUUUCCUUUCUAUUCCACCUCUACUAUUAAAAAAGUGUUUCCAGGCUGGUUGACUGAGACUCUUCAGUAGAUAGCUAUGACCUAAAUGAAUAAGCAAUAAUUACAAAUUAUAUUUGCAAGAAAGAGACAAUAAAACAUUUUGUGGGGGGAAAACACCUCAUGAUGUUACAGAAAAAAAAAUCAUGUUUCCAGUAUGUCUCAAAGGUGACUUUCAUGUCUACAAUAAUUUAUUGGAAACACUUAAGAAGGAAAGAGAGUGGGAUUUAGGGGAGUAUAUUAUUUCAGCAGAGAAAUUAGGGAUGAUUUUACCAGAAAGUACCUUAUGAGUUCUGGAAGUUUGUCCUUAAACUGCCCUCAUAGAAGUAUCCUUCUACUUUACCAAAUGGUCCCCCAUGGCAAUGAAGCCGCAUCACUUUCCUGGUUAUUUUUAAAUCAAAUGCGUGGUAUAGUCUUUUUUCUUCUAUCAUCUUGUAAUCAUCUUCUGGCCAAAUGUAGUCAGUUUUUCCUUAGAAAGCUUCAAAGCUUACUUUCUUACAUACACACAACUUCACGUCCUUCUCACCCCAAACCUAUAGAUAUGUAUUUCCUUUCUUAACUCUGCCUCUUUAAACGAUAUUAUUUAUAUUAUCAGGAAAAAAGAAAACAGAAGAGAAAAACUUGGCCUUAAUUUUUGCAAACCUAUUUCUGUCUCUUCUUUCCUCUUGCCCUUUCCUGUGUAACUACUCUAACUCCAAAGAAACUCUAGCAAUGACCCUUGAGUCCCUGGUGUAUCUAAUGAAUCAGAGUCACUUGGCCCAAGAGUUAAUUUCUCCCAGAAUUUCUCCACUGUAACACGGACAGAAACUGCAAGCAAUUACAUCUCAGUGUUGAUGAGGAAUCAUCAGUUUCCUUCUUGUUAAAAAUCGGUCGGUCGUGGCUGGCGCCGUGGCUCACUAGGCUAAUCCUCCACCUUGCGGCGCUGGCACACCGGGUUCUAGUCCCGGUCGGGGCACCAGAUUCUGUCCCGGUUGCUCCUCUUCCAGGCCAGCUCUCUGCUGUGGCCAGGGAGUGCAGUGGAGGAUGGCCCAGGUGCUUGGGCCCUGCACCCCAUGGGAGACCAGGAAAAGCACCUGGAUCCUGGCUCCUGCCAUCGGAUCAGCGCGGUGCGCCGGCUGCAGCGGCGGCCAUUGGAGGGUGAACCAACGGCAAAGGAAGACCUUUCUCUCUCUGUCUCUCUCUCUCACUGUCCACUCUGCCUGUCAAAAAUAAAAAAAAAAAUCGGUCGGUUGUAAGUUUCCAGGCACUUUAGGAAGAUAGUUCAAUAACAGAUAUUUCUUUUUUAAAAAGAUUAUUUGGCCAGCGCUGCGGCUCACUAGGCUAAUCCUCCGCCUGCGGUGCCGGAACUCCGGGUUCUAGUCCCAGUUGGGGUGCUGGAUUCUGUCCCGGUUGCCCCUCUUCCAGGCCAGCUCUCUGCUGUGGCCCCGGAGUACAGUGGAGGAUGGCCCAAGUGCUUGGGCCCUGCACCCGCAUGGGAGACUGGGAGGAAGCACCUGGCUCCUGGCUUCGGAUCAGCACAGCGCACCGGCCGUAGCGGCCAUUUGGGGGGUGAACCAACAGAAGGAAGACCUUUUUCUCUGCCUCUCUCUCUCUCACUGUCUAACUCUGCCUGUCAAAAAAAAAUUAUUUGAGAUGGAGAGAGAGAGCGCGCUCCCAUCUGCUGGUUCACUCCCCAAAUGGCCACCAUGAUUGAGACUAAGCUGGAUGGAAGCCUGAAGCUGGGAGCUCAAUCUAGGUCUCCCAUGUGGGCGACGGGAAUCUCACUACACGGGCCCAUCACCCUUGUCUCCCAGGGUAUGUAUUAGCAGGAAGCUUAAGUCAAGCCUAGAGUCAUGUAUUAAACCCAGGUACGCUGAUAUGGGUCAGCGGCAUCCUAAUUGGCAUCUUCUAAGCUAAAUGCCUCCAUGUUAGAUGUUUCUAAUGGGUAUUGUGCUAAUAAUUUGACUAUUAUAAAGUCCCUGAAUGAAAAGAGCUAAAUAGAAGAUCAGCUUAGGAGUGCCACAUUAGAUCUCCUAGGCAAGUGGUCCUAGAACCUUAGUUCCUAGAUUCUCAUGUGAUAAAAAUGAGUGAAAACGGGCCAGUGCUGUGGCAUAAUGGGUAAAGCCACUGCCUACAGUGCCAGCAUCCUAUAUGAGCGCCAAUUCGAGUCCCGGCUGCUCCACUUCCAAUCCAGCUCUCUGCUAUGUCCUGGGAAAGCAAUAGAAGAUGGCCCAGGUCCUUGGGCCCCUGCAUCCAAGUGGGAGACCUGGAAGAAGCUCCUGGCUCCUGGCUUCAGAUCUGCACAGCUCCAGCCAUUGCGACCAUUUGGGAAGUGAACUAGUGGAUGGAAGACCUCUCUCUUUUCUUUCUUUCUCUCUCUCUCUUUUUAAAUUUUUUUUAAUUUUUUGACAGGCAGAGUGGACAGUGAGAGAGAGAGAGAGAGAGAGAAAGGUCUUCCUUUUGUCGUUGGUUCACCCUCCAAUGGCUGCCGUGGCUGGCGCGCUGUGGCCGGCACACCGUGCUGAUCUGAAGCCAGGAGCCAGGUGCUUCUCCUGGUCUCCCAUGUGGGUGCAGGGCCCAAGGACUUGGGCCAUCCUCCACUGCACUCCCGGGCCAUAGCAGAGGGCUGUCCUGGAAGAGGGGCAACCGGGACAGAGUCGGGCACCCUGACCGGGACUAGAACCCGGAGUGCCGGCGCCGCAGGCAGAGGAUUAGCCUAGUGAGCCAAGGCGCCGGCACUCACUCGCGCUCGCUCUCGCUCUCUCUCUCUCUCUCUCUCUCUUUCUCUCUCUGCCUCUGCCUCUCUGUAACUCUGCCUUUCAAAUAAAUAAAUCUUUUUUAAAAAAAGAGAGAUUUAUUUUAAAAAAUUAGUGAAAAAUACAUAUGCAGAGAGUGUCCAGGGCAUUUUCCUUUGGGCCUUUUUGUUUUGGAAGCUGUCAUGAAUGUCUCAAACAAAGAUGGUUGAGGCAUACCUGUUUUAAAAUUUUAUAAUUUAUUUUUAUUUAUUUGAAAAGCAGAGAGAGAGAGAGAGAAUUCUUCCAUCCACUGGUUCACUUCUCAAAUCCUGCAAUGGCUGGUACUGGGCUAGGAUGAAGCCGGGAACUUGGAACUCAAUCUGGGUCUCACACAUGGGUGGUAGGGACUCAAGUACUUGAUCCAUCAAAUGCUACUCUCAAGGGUACACAUUGUCAGGAAGCUGAAAUAGGAAGCAGAGCCAAGACUGGCAACCAGGCAUUCCAUAUGUGUUACAGACAUCCUAAACGUCAUCUUAACCAUUGUACCCAAUGGCUGCCUCAAGACACAUCUUGUGACAUGGUGCCAGGCAGAGGUUCUGUAGGAUUGAUGUCCUUUGACAAAUAUGAAGGGUUGCAUUAAAUAAUGGAAACUCAGUCAAGUCACAAUGAUGAGACUCCUACAACAAGGAGCACCAUAUAUGGUAGUCUCCCUUUAUCUCUGGGAGGUAUGUUCCAAGGCCCCCAAUGGAUGCCUGAAACCAUGGGUAGUUUUAUAUAUACAUGCAAAUAUAUAUACAUAUAUACUGUAUUUUUCCUAUAUAUUCAUAUCUGUGAUAAAGUUUGAUUUGUAAACAAAGUGAGAGAUUGACAACUAAUGAUAAAAUUUUUAAAGUAUAAUAUACUUAGUAAGAGUUAAGUGAAUGUUUUUUCUGUGUGUGUCUCUUCACUGUUUCUUUCUCUCCCUCUCAAGAUAUAAAAUUUUCCAUUUAAUAUUUUUGAUUUGCAAUAGCCCUACCAACUGAAAGUGAACCCACAGAUAAGGGAGCUAUUAAACUGCCCAUGUGAGUUGUAUCCUGUAUAAACAUCUCAGGUGAAAGAUGCGAGGAAAGCUUCAGACUCGGUCUGCAUUUCAAAUACCAAGUCUUGUGUCUCUGUAUUAAUCAGAUUUUCUUCACUACGACUAUACCAAAGACAAGCUAUUUAUGAGGGAAGGUCUAUUUUAUCUCACAGUUUUGGAGGUUUGCAGUCCAAGAUCAGGUGGCCCCAUUGAUCUGAUGUCUGAUGAGGAUGGUGGGUGGCAGAACACAUGCAGUGAAAGGUGUACAUGGUGAUCCAGGUGAAAGGAGCCAAGAGCCACCAUAAAAAAAUGGGGCUCCUGAGACAAACCGUUCCAGAGACGGCCUUGGGAAAUGGGGAGUAAACCGGUUCACAGAGAAAGCAGUCAGCUACUAACCAGAGAUACACAGAACACCUGCCUUGUAGAUAAGCCCCUUCCCUACACUUGCUCAAGGUUAACAAAGAAAGCUGCAAGGCUCGUAGCAACCUACUCCUCUCUCCUAGAGACCCCCUCCCCUAAUGUAUCCCUUUGACCUAGUACUUUUCCACCGACAUUACCACUUUUAGACUGCCAUACAAGGCCCGCUACUGAAAAUUAUCCAAUGAACUUACGCCAGCCUAUCAUAUGUUAAUUUUGUGGUUUUGCCCUUUAAAAGCUGUGUGAGAUAGCUGCUCGGGGCUCCUCUCACUUGCUUGCUGCUUGCAGCAGUAGAGGGCCCAUUUGUACAAAUGAAAUAAAAUUACCUCCUGCUCUAUUGCA